GGCUCACCCUGAAGUUGCUCAGUUAUUUUCAGUCGUGUCGAAGGUUGUCAACUUGGCCGUAGGCUAUAAGAAAGCAUGAGACCCUGAGGAGACUUCAAAACAGAGCGCAAACAUCAAGGAGUAUGGAAUUCAAGGACUUGGUCUGAUGGUAAUCGGUGAUGUCGACGGCCUCCCCCCUUGCUUGAGGAGCAAUAGAGAACAAAAACCACCCCCACCCACACAACUUGUGCUGUCAUGACAUACCCGGACCACCUAUUGAGAUGUGCCUUUUGUUAGGUAAAUCAGUGAGGUGAAAAGGAGACUGGAGUGUCACAUUAAGGUCAGAGUGGCAGGGCUGGGUUGGUUACUUUCUAAAUGUAAUGUCACCUAAAUAAAAAGGUACCUAGGCUGUCCAAAAUUGUAAUCGGUAAUUUAGCUCUCUCUUGCAAGGUUCAGAUGAAUCGGUGGCGGAGAUCAGUGGAUGAGAUUCAGGCCAGGAAACGGCAGGUCACAGAGUGUGAGCGUGCCCUGGAAGCCCUGUGCAAGGUGACUGCCUGUUUCCAACAGAUGGCCAUCUCUAUCGGAAGUAACUCAGACGGCAGCUUUCUGAGAGAGGAGAUGGACGAGACCAGAGCACUGGCUCAUAGAAUCUGCACAGGGUUGCACAGACGCCUGGUCCCUCUAUUGACAGAGACGGCGACUGAACCUGGACAAGAGGAUCGAUUACAGGUGCAGAGACUGUGGGUUCUUUUCCUCACUGGGCUAGAGAACCUCCAACAGGACCUGCACAAGGCCAGUGACUUAAUAGACCACUUCCCUUUGAAACAAAGAAAUGACCGCCGGGCCCUGGUGAACACAGGAGCUACAGAUGGGGUCACUGGGGUGUCUGCCAGAGCUGCUUCAGUCCAAACCCCGUGGCUAGCAGUAGAGGUGGAGCAAAACCCUGACCUAAAGACGCACAUCACCCAGAUUGACGUCCUGGUCAAGGAGAUGCUCCAGAAAGUCAGCAUUCCUUUCUGGGCAGUGGAGGCUACCCAAGAGGCCUGGGUGGAAGGCACUCAGUCUCAGGACGCUGCACACGAUCAAGAUGAGACUCUGGAAGAGAUGAUGGUGGUGUCCCAAGAUGACCAGAUGUCUAGGUGUUGUCAACCUCUAAACUGUAAGUUAGGGUGUAUGUUUUGUCUAUAGACCUGAAGACUGGGGUGUACUCUGAAACUGUUAAUGGUCAGUGAAACUUUGAAUAAAGCCUCAUUCAUACUGUACAUACAUUGUGCAAUAACUACAAGUAGCUUUGCAAAAUGGCAAUCCUGUGUAAAAACUAAAAUGUGUAGUCCUGCAAUUUUAAAACGACAGUACACAGGACCGGCAUUUUGCAUAGCGUCGUGUUGCAUACACAUGGUAUAAAUUAGGUUUUUACAUGCACAAGUCAUUUCUAUUUACUAUUGAAAAUUAUAAACGUUAAACAUCUGUAGAUGCAGUCAAAGAACUAACACAUGCUUUAAGGUAUGAUCAACUAUAAAGAGCUCCUUGAUAAAAGGAUAGAUUUGUAUGUUCAAGACCUUGUAUACCUAGGUUAUUGAUUCAUUUUGUAAUACACUGACUACACCAGGUGGAUACAUCCAGCCACACAAGCAGGUUGAAAUAGCAUAACAACAUUAAUGGUCACCAGUCAAAACAGUCACGGACAUUUAGCUCGCUAAAUGGUCCUGGGAUAUAAAAAUUGCGUUAUUUUACCCGAAAUACACCAGGUCGUUUUUCCCCCCCUUUCAGGGGUUUUGACCUAUUGAGUCACAAAAUCAUGUGCCCUCUACUCCGACAAUUAAGCCACAGAUAAAAGGGGAAACCUAGUUUAUUAUAUCUCCUUCAUAUGCUGUUUGGCAACCAACUUUAAGGUGCCAACUGGACUUGAGUGAGGACCUAAAUUCAGCUUUCAAUCACCCACGUGGGUAAAUUCUCCUAAAAACCAAUGACAAGAUGGUCGUGUGACACAAAUAGAACCAAGUUGUAUUUUAGCGCCUGGCUACAGAGACACACGCGAGCAGUUUGGGUAAAAUUAUUGAACAUGUGAACAUUUAUUUUGCAACAGGGCCGGUGUGGUCAGCAUGUUAGAAUUAACGUUGUAUUGAUUGCUUGAAAAUGUAUUAUGCAAAUUAAAUAAAGUCAAAUGUUGAUUGGAAAAUAACCAACAAAGCCACGAUCACACUUUAUUCACAUAAAGUUUAUACAAACAUAAAAAUAUUGUACAGACAUACCCAGUAUUUACAUAAUCAGAAGAAAGAAACACUUAAAAAUAGAACACAUGGCAGGAUUGUAGGAUCUUGGGUCAGUUCUUGUAGGUAGAGUUCAAAUGGGCUUUGAAUGCUGUAAGAAAGACCUUUGUUCAAUACCGUACAAGUU